AUGGAUAAAAAUAACAAUAAUAAUUCAAAUGGUAUAACCAAUUUAGAAUCCACUCCAACUGAGACUGAACGUAAGAAAAAGUUAAAUAAACUCAUUAAAAGGUAUGAUCACCUCCCAACGAAAAUGUAUCACUCCCCCUUAUCCAAAACUCAAGAAAACAAGUCCAAAUUCACAAACACCAAAUCAUUAUCAAGUAUUGAUAUUAAUGUCCAAUUGUCCUCACCUGAAGUUAUUAAGAAAUCUACAUCAACUCCUUCUAAAACAAUUAUUGAAGCAUCUUCAAUUACUGAAAUAACGAACUGGUGUUCACAAAUACAAGAGGAUUCGAGAAAUUCUGAUAAUAUAUAUUGUAAAAUAUCUGAUAAUAUUCCGUUUACAUUCAUAAAAUUUACUGAGCAAUUUCGGUUAUAUGUCCAACCAGUGUGUACGCCCUUAAACGCAGGCGCUGGAGGAGACCAGGUUUGCACUCGUUUUGUAUUGCGCAGUUGUGCAUUCAUAUUACCAUCUACGCCACCGCCUAACAAAGACACAAGAAUGUCCUGA